CGCACAGCUACGCCUGCGCCACCACACGCCAUGUCGUCCAUCUUUGGCUCGCUGCGCUCGUACGCCCGCUCCUUCUUCUCCUCGGCUCCCGUCAGCAGCGAGCACAAGCAGCUCGCAAAGGACAAGGUCGAGGCUCUCAUCACCUCGUCGCCCGUGGCCGUCUUCAGCAAGACCUACUGUCCCUACUGCACCGAGGCCAAGAGCAUCCUCUCGCAGCUCGGCCAGGGUCCGCGCAUGAAGGUCCUCGAGCUCGACCGCGAGGAGCACGGCUCGGCAGUCCAGGCGUACCUCGCCGAGCGCGCCGGCGCCUCCAGGGUCACGGUCCCUCAGGUCUACAUCAAGGGCCAGAACAUCGGCGGCUGCUCGGACCUCAAGAAGCUCCAGGCGACCGGCAAGCUCGACGAGCUCCUCGCGUGAGCUCCUUGCGUCGAGUUCUCUCUUCCUCUAGAACCCCCUCCUCUCUCGAGACUGUAGCCGUACGAGGACGAUCUUUGCAACACAGUGCCGUAUCUCCU